CGCGGCGGGGCCGGGGAGCUGCUCCGCCGCCUUCGCCCCGCGCCCCCCGCCCCCGCCCCAUGGCGAGCGCCCGCUGAGUGGCCGGGGCCGGGGACCCCCAACGCCGGACCCAGGGGAGGGGGAUGCUCCCCCCGCCGCCCCGUCUCUAGGGAUUCAGGAGCCUGCCCAGAGGAGGUUUUGCCCAUUAAAGCAUGAACGUUGGACAUGGCUGCCCCCCGUUGCUGCUCCCGGAGGGGGCCGCCGCCUCCCCGUCCCUCUAGGAUGCUCUGGAAGCCGGUCCUGCUGCUGGGCCUGUGGCUGCCUUCGCUGGCGUGGGCCGGAGCGUCGCCCACUUCCUGCCCGGCCGCCUGCUCCUGCAGCAACCAGGCCAGCCGGGUGAUCUGCACGCGCCGGGAGCUGGUGGAGGUGCCGGAGAGCAUCUCCAUCAACACCCGGUACCUCAACCUGCAGGAGAACAACAUCCAGCUCAUCAAGACCGACACCUUCAAGCACCUGCGGCACCUGGAGAUCCUGCAGCUGAGCAAGAACCUGAUCCGCAAGAUCGAGGUGGGCGCCUUCAACGGGCUGCCCAACCUCAACACGCUGGAGCUCUUCGACAACCGCCUGGCCACGGUCCCCACCCAGGCCUUCGAGUACCUCUCCAAGCUGCGGGAGCUGUGGCUGCGCAACAACCCCAUCGAGAGCAUCCCGUCCUACGCCUUCAACCGGGUGCCCUCCCUGCGCCGCCUGGACCUGGGCGAGCUGAAGAAGCUGGAGUACAUCUCCGAGGCGGCCUUCGAAGGGCUGGUGAACCUGCGGUACCUGAACCUGGGCAUGUGCAACCUCAAGGACAUCCCCAACCUGACGGCGCUGGUGCGGCUGGAGGAGCUGGAGCUGUCGGGGAACCGGCUGGACAUGAUCCGCCCCGGCUCCUUCCAGGGCCUCACCAGCCUGCGCAAGCUGUGGCUGAUGCACGCCCAGGUGUCCACCAUCGAGCGCAACGCCUUCGACGACCUCAAGUCGCUGGAGGAGCUGAACCUGUCCCACAACAACCUCAUGUCGCUGCCCCACGACCUCUUCACCCCCUUGCACCGGCUGGAGCGGGUGCACCUGAACCACAACCCCUGGCACUGCAACUGCGACGUCCUCUGGCUCAGCUGGUGGCUGAAGGAGACGGUGCCCAACAACACCACCUGCUGCGCCCGCUGCCACGCCCCGGCCAACCUCAAGGGGCGUUACAUCGGCGAGCUGGACCAGAGCCACUUCACCUGCUACGCGCCGGUCAUCGUCGAGCCGCCCACCGACCUCAACGUGACGGAGGGGAUGGCGGCGGAGCUGAAGUGCCGGACGGGCACCUCCAUGACCUCGGUCAACUGGCUGACGCCCAAUGGGACGCUGAUGACGCACGGCUCGUACCGGGUGCGGAUUUCCGUGCUGCACGACGGCACGCUCAACUUCACCAACGUGACGGUGCAGGACACGGGGCAGUACACCUGCAUGGUGACCAACUCGGCCGGCAACACCACGGCCUCGGCCACCCUCAACGUCUCGGCCGUGGACCCGGCCGCCACCGGCUACACCUACUUCACCACCGUCACCGUGGAGACGCUGGAGACGGCCCAGGAGGACGCGCUGCCCACCAAGAAGGAGCCGGGCCCCACGCCCGCCGUGGGCUGGGACGUGACCUACUCCACCACCUCCCUGACGCCCCGCUCCACCCGCUCCACGGAGAAGCCCUACACCGUGCCCAUCACCGACGCGGCCGAGGGCGGCAUGAAGGACCUGGACGACGUGAUGAAGACCACCAAGAUCAUCAUCGGCUGCUUCGUGGCCAUCACCUUCAUGGCGGCCGUCAUGCUGAUCGUCUUCUACAAGCUGCGCAAGCAGCACCAGUUCCACAAGCACCACGGCCCCACCCGCACCAUCGAGAUCAUCAACGUGGAGGACGAGCUGCCGGCCGCGGCCGGCGCCCCCGGCGACAGCCACCUGGCCCUGCCGGCCCUGGAGCACGACCACCUCAACCACUACGCGGCCUUCAAGGCCCACUACAACAACAACGCGGGGGCCCUGGCGUGCGCCAAGAACCCGCUGCUGAACUCCAUCCACGAACCUCUGCUGUUCAAGAGCAGCUCAAAGGAGAACGUGCAGGAGACGCAGAUCUGAGGACGGGGACGCCCCUCGCGGCCUGCCUGCCUUCCCCCCUCCGCCCGCCCCGACCACGCGGCCCGCCCCCCCGGCAGCCCCGGGAGGGGGAGUGGGGAAAUGCCUCCGGGGAGAGAGACCCCCCCAACCCGCCCACGACGGAUCGGCUCCCGUUGGACGCCAUGUCCAUGUCCCGCUGGAGGGUGCCCCCAAUUCCUGGCUCCCGCCCCAACUGUGUCCCCCCUGCCCCGUCCCUGUCCCCCUCCCUCCCUGUCUGUCCCUCCCCUGCCCUGAGAUUUCCACCUCUCUCUGGUUUACCCUUUGGCUUUUACUUUGGCAGUUUUCUCAGUGCCCAGUUGACCGAGAUGUCUCCGUUUCUCCCCCCCCGCCCCGCCCCAAUCAAAGGCCGGGAAGUUGCGUGUCCAUCCCCCCCCCCCCCCACGCCGCUCCCCGAAACUUGAAACUCUUUUGAUACCGCUGGGUAUUCCCGGCCCCGCCUGGGCUGCCAGGUUACUAAAAGCGAAAAAAAAGGAACCCAACCAACCAACCAACCAACCAACCCUGGAAUAAAUUUUUUUUUUUUUUGGUGGUCGUGGGAUUAAACGGGGUGGGGGGGAGGGUGGAAAAACCCCCGGCACCCAGAGAAAGAGGUGGUGGGGGAGGGGGGGUCGACAAAAUAUUAUUUUGUGGUAGCGGCUGUUUCGGUCGAGAGUCUAUUUUCAGCCAUGGGGCCGUGGCUGGCACAGGCUGUGGGGUUUUUUAAUGACUAUGUGACUCCGGGCACCCCAGCCCUUGCUCCUCGCGCGAAACGCAGAGCAGAGGUAUUUUUUAAUUUGUAAUAAUCUGGGGAGGGGCGGGGUUUGGGAGGGGCGGAGCCGGGAAGGGGGGGGUUUGCAGGGGGUGCACUCCUGCCCCCCUCCCCCGGAGCCU